AUAUGAAUAUUUUGUUAACAUUUAAUAAUAAUAAAAAUAUGAAAAAUCCUUUUUUUCUUCCCAACAGGGAGCGGAAAUGACAAAACCAAUCGACAAGAAAUUCUACAAAGGCACUAAUCCCAGUUGUCAUGAUUUCAAUGCGACAUCAGCCACAUCUACUGGUGCGCCGCUGCUCGUAGGAUUCACAACAGGGCAAAUUCAGCUUGUUUCACCACAGCCAGGACCGCGUGAAUUACGAAAGCUAUAUAAUGAAGAACGGCUUAUUGAUAAGACCAAAGUGACAUGCUUAAAAUGGUUACCAAAUUCACCGAAUUUAUUUCUGGCAUCACACGCCUCUGGCAAUCUGUAUUUAUACAACGAGGAUCUACCCUGCACACCGACUGCACCCAAUUAUCAGCCCUUCAAAAUGGGCGAUGGCUACACAAUACUCACCUGCAAAUCCAAGUCAACGCGCAAUCCACUCUAUAAAUGGAUAUUCAACACUGAGAAUUGUUGCAUCAAUGAGUUUUGCUUCUCCCCAUGUGGCUCGAAUUUGGCCAUCGUAUCGCAGGAUGGAUUUCUUCGUGUAUUUCACUAUGAUACCAUGGAGUUGCUUGGCAUUGCUCGUUCCUACUUUGGUGGUUUUUUAUGUGUAUGUUGGUCGCCAGAUGGCAAAUAUAUUGUGGUGGGCGGUGAGGACGAUCUAGUGACGGUAUGGUCCCUGCAUGAGCGACGUGUGGUCGCACGGGGACAAGGUCAUCGCUCCUGGGUGUCAGUGGUGGCAUUUGAUCCGUAUACCACAUCGUAUACCAACUGGGAUGGUGGUGAUUUUUCAGACGACGAAAAUCAAAUGAAUGAAUAUAGUGUUGGACGAGAAGCGCGUUUCUCUGCCGAUUCAACUGCUAAUGGAUUUGAUUUUCCCACUGGAAUGAGCGGUGUUGCGCAUGACAAAAACUCAACACCGAAUAACUUACGGCAACGGCCACACUCAGCAUCUUUUCGUUCAGAUGCGUCCUCGUCGGCGGCAUUAGCGCCUGAUAAAUUGGCAAUCAGCUACCGCCUUGGUUCGGUCGGACAAGACACACAGAUUUGCCUGUGGGACAUAACAGAAGAUGUGCUACGGCACCCGCUGUCGCUGCGCCAGCGAGUCAAUAGCGUAAAUUUAAAUGACACUAGUUAUAUGAACGGCGGUAUAGAUGCUGAUGGCAUUAAAGUGAUACGGCCAAUAGCCAUAGGUAAUAUAUCGGGAUCCUAUCCGGCACCCCAAAAUGCCAGCAGUCCAACGAAAGAAACGGUAGGGCCUGAGAACAACAGCAACAGCAGCUCAAGUAAAUUUUCCACGGCGAACUGCACCAUAUCAUCCCAAUCGUCGAAUGCCAAUACGCCACCGGAUGAAGCUGGACCAGCCGGCGCAAACCCCAAUGCGAACAGCAACAGCAGCAAAGCAAACAAUUCAAACAAGGCGAACGCAACAGGCAACAUCAAGGACAACGUUUCUACCUUCUCCACGUCCGGCUACAACAGCAAGAACUCGAACAGUUCCACCAAGUCUUCAGAUUCAAGCGUCUCAGCAUUCAACAGUCUCACGCAACGAUUGUCGAAUUUUAGCUUUCUGAGCAACUCUGAUAAGAAGACCUCAUCAAUUUCCGGUUCCUUUGAUGCAUCGCAAAUCGCAGCGACGCAUCGCACACAUCGCAAGGGCAUGAGCCUGCUCAAGUCCAACAACCAAGCCAACAGUAAUCACAACCACCAACAAUACGGCACGGGCAGUAGCACAUCAGCUGGCAUCGGCAUGGACCUCAGUAGCAGCAGC